GCUUAUUCUUCUUUUUCUUGUUUCUCUUCUUCUUCUUUUUUUUUUUUUUUUUGGCUUCUCUCUCAAUUUAAUAAGAGUUUAGAAAGAACAAAAAAAACCAUCUUUUCCUUGUCCACGUAGAGUUGAAUUUGUAGGGUUCUUUAGAAAUGUGCAAUUGCUCAUCUUCCUUCUUCUGUUCUCUUCCAGUUCUCAAUGCUCGAUUGGUGAAACCCAAUUCAGAAACUUGUCGAUGGAGGCUCAAACGGAUUCAGCAUUCAAUCCUCAAUUGCUUUUGGAUUGAUUCGAAAAACUCUCCCUUUCUCGGGCAAUUCAGUUUUAUAGAGAAACCGAGAGACAAUUUCAUCUGUUGCUUGAGUUCUUCACUAUCUAAUGAAGAAGAUGUAGUGCAUCAAACUGUGGGGAGUGAUAGUGUAGAAUUACCUGGAGAAAGUGAUUUGGUUCGACUAGUAGGUGAUAAUGAUCUGAGCAUUACGGGUUCGCGAGGAUUCAAGCAGUCGACGACAAGAUCGAAUCUUGUUGCUAAGCAAGUUGUUAGUAUACAAUCAGCUUUGAGUUUAGGAUUUAUCUCUCAGCUUUGGGUUGACACUACUUCUUGGUUGGUUUUGGUGGUUGAUGUUAAACCAAGCUUGCUAUCUGGAGAAUCUGAGAGAUUUCUGCUCACAGACAUUGUCCGGGUGGGUGAUGUUGUCCUUGUUGAUAAUGAGACUGUCUUGGAUACUGAAUUCAAGAUGGUUGGACUUGAAACACUGGUAGGUUACAGAGUAGUUACACCAGGAGGGAGAAACAUUGGAAAGGUUCGAGGUUACUCAUUCAACAUUAACUCGGGAAUAGUUGAAUCGCUUGAGCUCGAUUCCUUCGGGGUAACUAUUAUACCAUCAAGCCUGGUGAGUACAUACAGAUUAGAUGUCGAGGAUAUAAUCGAGGUCUUACAAGAUAUAGUUGUGGUUCAAGAAGAUGCAGCUUCUAGAAAACAGAGGUUGACUAAGGGACUCUGGGAUGCUCAGUUUGAUAGUGAAUACCCUGAUGUUGAAGAUCUUGAAAGUUCAUCUGAUAGAAGACGGCGAAGGAGAAACAAUCGAUCCAACCGAAAAAAGAGAGAUUUGGAUGAUGAAGAAUGGGACAUAUUCCGCUAGAAGUGAUACAUCCAUUUGUUGCCAUUCAUCUUGACAUAUAUCUUCGGCUGUAUUUGAUAGUGAAAAUGAAACAGAAAGAAACAGGACUUGUUCGCAAUGCGAUGGGAACUUUAAGCUGUAUAUGUUCUCUUGUGUUGCAGUUGAGUCAGAAUCAGUUUCAAGUAA